AAAUAAGAACAGAGAGAAGGAGACGAUUUCAUGGCCCUUUGAUGCCCAAUGACGAAAUGGGUCACCGUUGAUUGAAGACGAUGUGGCCCUAAUUUCGAACCCUACAAAAUACUUUGCCUUGCUGAAUUCACUGAACUGGGCGGCAUUUUUCAGAGGAAGAGGAGGAUUCAAGAGCUGUGUUUUCCUAAUCUUCCACCUACAGAGUAAACGAAGAGAGAUGAAGUUCAAGUUCAAAGCUUCUUUGUUUUUGCCUCAAUGAAUGAAUGACCAACAGAUUCAGAAAGACCAAAUUUCAUUGGAUUGUUUCCCCUUAGCAUCAUCCCAUAAUGGCUUAUAUUUCUAAUUAUUAUUGUUCUCUUCUCAAGCAUUGUUGCGAAGCCGGUAAGCAUUCACAAGCAAAGAUCCUUCAUUGCAAUAUAAUUAAAACCAUAACAGAUCCCGAGACAUUCCUGUGGAAUAAUGUCAUCAGUACUUAUGCAAAACUCGGACUUCUUACUUAUGCACGCCGAGUGUUCGAUCAAAUUCCAUAUCCAAAUCUUUUCUCCUGGAACACCAUCCUUUCUGUAUAUUCCAAGUCCGGCAAGCUCCGUGAGAUGCAUGAUAUCUUUACUCGAAUACCAAGGAGAGAUGGGGUUUCCUGGAACGCAAUUAUAUCUGGGUAUGCGUCUUCCGGUUUGACUAGUAAAUCGGUUGAGGUUUACAAGCUCAUGUUGAAAGACGGUCCUGCAUAUUUGAAUCGUAUUACUUUCUCAACUAUGAUCCUUUUAUCAUCUAGCGAAGGUUCUGUUGAUUUAGGCAGGCAGAUUCAUGGGCAGAUUGUGAGAUGUGGGUUUGAAUCGUAUGUUUUCGUAGGCAGUCCGAUGGUGGAUAUGUAUGCAAAAUUUGGUUUAAUAAAUGAUGCACAGAAGGUGUUCGAUGAAUUGCCUGAGAGGAACCUGGUCACGCAUAAUACAAUGAUAAUGGGUCUUUUGAGAUGUGGAUUAGUAGAUGAUUCCAAGCGUUUGUUUCUUCAAAUGUCUGAAAAAGAUUCAAUUUCCUGGACGACAAUGAUUACUGGACUGACCCAAAAUGGAUUGGAUCGAGAAGCCAUGGAUAUGCUUAGACUGAUGAGGUUAGAGGAUCUACCUAUUGAUCAAUUCACUUUCGGUAGCAUCUUAACUGCUUGUGGAAGUCUGGCAUCAAUAAAACAGGGGAAACAGAUUCACGCUUAUGUAAUUCGAACGAAUUACGCCAAUAAUCUUUUCGUCGCGAGUGCCCUUAUCGAUAUGUAUUCAAAAUGUAAAAGAAUGAACUACGCCGAAUCUGUUUUAAACAGAAUGACGACGAAAAACGUCGUAUCGUGGACUGCAAUAAUCGUCGGCUAUGGUCAGAAUGGUCUGAGCGAAAAAGCUGUAAACGCAUUACGCGAAAUGCAAAGAAACGGAAUUCAACCAGACGAGUUUACCUUCGGAAGUGUAAUAAGCUCGUGUGCAAAUCUCGCCAGCUUAGAAGAAGGCGCCCAGUUCCAUUGUCGAGCCCUCGUUUCUAGCUCGAUUUCAUACGUAACCGUCUCGAACGCUCUCGUUACCUUAUAUGGAAAAUGCGGUAGUUUACAAAACGCCCAUCAGCUUUUUGACGAAAUGAAAUUUCGAGACGAGGUCUCGUGGACUGCUAUCGUAAUGGGUUACGCUCAGUUUGGAAAGGCGAAUGAAACGAUCGAAAUGUUUGAGAAGAUGUUGGCGGUUGGUCUUCGACCAGACGAAGUAACGUUCAUAGGUGUUCUAUCGGCAUGCGGUCGUGCUGGUUUAGUCGAGAAAGGAAGAUAUUAUUUUGAAUCGAUGGCGAAAGAACAUGGGAUUUUACCAAUUCAGGAACACUAUACUUGUAUGAUCGACGUUUUUAGUCGGGCUGGAAAACUUGAAGAAGCGAGAGAUUUCAUUCUUAGUAUGCCUUACCGACCCGACACUAUCGGUUGGGUAACAUUGCUAAGUUCGUGUAGGAUUCGACGCGAAAUGGUUAUUGGGAAAUGGGCUGCAGAAUGUUUAAUCGAAGUUGAACCGAAUAACCCUGCGAGUUACGUUUUGCUCUCGAGUAUGUACGCGGCUAAAGGAGAAUGGGAGGAAGUUUCUAAGUUAAGAAGAGUAAUGCGAGAUAAGGGAGUGAGGAAGGAUCGCGGGUGUAGUUGGAUUAAGUUUAGGAACCGAGUUCAUGUUUUUUCGGCGGAUGAUGAGUCAAAUCCGUAUAAGGAUAGGAUUUUCGAGGAGUUGGGAAAUUUGAAUCGAAGAAUGAUAGAGGAGGGAUAUGAGCCCGAUACGAGUUCGAUUCUUCACGACGUUGGUGAAUCCGAAAAGAUUAGUAUGUUGAAUCAUCAUAGCGAAAAACUUGCUAUUGCGUUUGGGCUGAUUUUUAUUCCUAAUGGUUUGCCAAUUCGAGUUGUGAAAAAUCUUAGAGUAUGUGCGGAUUGUCACAAUGCAACUAAAUUUAUUUCGAGGAUAACCGGUAGAGAGAUUUUAGUGCGGGAUGCUGUACGUUAUCAUCUUUUUAAAGAUGGAAUUUGUUCUUGUGGGGAUUUUUGGUAAUCACAUUUUAAUUUUGACAAUUUUUUAAUUGAAUUAUUCUUGGGUUGGAAAUUUGGAUGAAAUAUCAGUUUUCUAUUGUAUUACUUAAUUUUGAAUUUGUCUUUGAAUUAUGUAUCAUUUUC